AUGCGGCCUUCAGUGAUCAAGCGUGUAGCUGGCCUGAGCCGAGUCACGGCCUCACACAGCAAUGGAAUUGCCCGUCGCUACUUGACUAUGCUGCAACCACCCAAGUUUGAGAAUGAGAAAAUGCUCAAUUAUGCGAAAGACUCUGCUGAAAGAGCCGAGCUCACCAGAACUAUCCAAAAGCUUAAGAGUGAAUUUCCAUUCACCAUUCCUAUUCAGAUCAAUGGUUCAAAGGUCGAGACAAAAAGAUCGCGAGCCCAGCUGAAUCCUUCAAAGCAUAGCGAGAUCAUUGCGAACUAUGCAUCUGCCACGCCAGAACAAACCAACGCCGCAAUUGACGCAGCCCUGAAGGCCAAGCCGGCAUGGGAGGCGACACUUUUUGAAGAUCGUGCAGCUGUUUUCCUGCGCGCUUCCGAGCUCAUCACUGGCAAAUAUCGCUCAGAGAUUGUUGCGGCGACAAUGCUUGGACAAGGCAAGAAUAUCUGGCAAGCAGAGAUCGAUGCACCAGCUGAGACUGCCGAUUUCUUCCGCCACUAUGUUCAAGAGGCCUGGGCCCUAUUUUCUCAGCAGCCACGAGUCCACCUUGACGGAAAUUGGAAUAAAAUGGAAUACCGACCUUUGGAGGGCUUCACCUAUGCCAUCGCACCCUUCAACUUCACCGCGCUUGGCGCUACCCUAGUUGGACCAGCUGCUUUGCUUGGCAAUGUUGUCAUCUGGAAACCUUCCGACUCGGCUCUGCAUGCUAGUUGGUUGCUUCACAAGAUUCUGCUUGAAGCUGGGCUCCCCAAGGAUGUCAUUCAAUUCCUGCCCGGCGACGCUGAGGAAGUCACCAACACCAUUCUUAAGAGGCCUGAAUUCGGUGCGCUCACAUUUAUUGGAUCGACCGCUACCUUCAAAGGUAUUCAAAAGAAAAUCGGUGAUGGAAUUGGCCAGGGCAUCUACAAUUCGUACCCCCGCGUGGUAGGAGAGACUGGUGGCAAGAACUGGGGUGUUGUGCACCCCUCGGCGGACGUGAGAAGUGCCGCUUUGAACACCAUUCGAGCGGCUUUCGAAUACCAGGGACAGAAAUGCUCUGCCAACUCGCGCGUCUACGUAGCAGAGUCCGUCUGGCCUGAGUUCCAAAAAGUUCUUGUUCAGGAGACUGCUGCUCUCAAGGUAGGAAGUGUUGAAGACUAUAGAAACUUCAUCAAUCCCGUGAUCCACGAAAGGUCUUUCGAUAGACUCAACAAUUUCAUCGAGAAGGCCAAGAAUGACUCGGAGCUGGAGCUGGUUGUUGGUGGCAGGGCUUCCAAGCAGGAGGGUUUCUAUGUGCACCCUACCGUGUACCGCACAUCCAACCCCCGUCAUGAGAUCAUGUCCGAAGAGCUAUUCGGUCCUGUUCUCGGUGUCUACGUCUAUCCCGAUGAGAAGUGGGAGCCGACUCUCAAGCUGAUUGAUACUACAUCUCGCUAUGGCCUCACAGGCAGUAUCUUCGCCAAGGAUCCUUAUGCCAGCCGACAGGCGCAAACCAUCCUGAAGCAUGCUGCUGGUAUGCUUUACUUGAACACCAAGUGCACCGGCUCUACUGUGGCUCAGCAACCAUUUGGUGGAAGUCGUGACUCGGGCACGAAUGAUAAAACCGGCACAAUGGCCCAUCUGCAGCGAUUUGUUAGCACUCGCACCAUUAAAGAGGAGUUCGUUCCUCUCGAGAAGGUUGAAUACCCUUCCAACGAGGUUUAA